AUGGGAGACAAUAGGGGGGCAGAGGAAGGGAAGGCAGAGGAAAGGCCCCCUCUGCGCCUGCUGGUGGUGGGGCGCAAGCUGCUGCCCACCCCCUCGCACCGCUCUCGACCACACUGGGGCUAUGUGGAUGCCGUGUGCCCCCACGUGGAGGACAUCAGGGCGGCGCUUGAGGGAGGGGCCACGGGGCGAGGGGCAGCUCGCAGCAGCAGCAGGAAGAGUCACACCCACCUGGUGUACUCACUCCGGUGGCCCGAGGCAGCGGGAGAGGAGGAGAAGGCAGGAGGGCGACAAGGGCAGGAGGAAGGGGAGGGCGCGCAGGCAGGAGUUAAGGAGGAAGCUGUCUGUGGCAAGGGGAACCAAACCAAGAGUGCAGGUCAGGCGGAGGGGGAGAAAGUGGAGACACCACAGGAGGCGUUCAAUAUAGAGAGGGAAGCUUCCUACGUGCUGCAGGUGAAGAACCCACAGGCGCCCAGCAGGCUGCCCUACUUGGCCCGCCCCUCAGUGCGCCUGCAAGCCUUCCCCCCGCCGCUGCAGCACCGCCUCAACGGGCUGCGCUUCGCCCCUGCCGACCCACCUGGCUUUCUGGACCACCCCGGGUGCGAGGUGCUGCUCAUUGGGGCUUCGGAUGACUUGCAGAGGGAGUUUGGCGGGGAGGUGCAGCGCCACUUGGCCGCGGGGGAGGGUGAGGGGGGAGAGGGGGGAGUUGGCGGUGGGGGAGAGGGGGAGUUGGGGGGUGGGGAGGAGAGUGGGUAUGGGAGUGGGUGUGAGGGGGACGAGUGGAUGGGGUUUGUGAGGGAGGGGCUGGGGUGGCAGAGUGAGCAGCUGGUGAAGCCUCUGGAGGAGGGGGAGUGGGCGUGA